AUGGAAAUUUGGAGCUGCUCUGAAACGCUUUCUGGAAUAAUUGUGUUUGACUGGAAUCCAAUUCUUGUGAACUCCCCAAGGAUGAGAUUCUCUGCCAGAUCGGUGCUGCUGUCUCAUUGGCUCCUCCUGGUCUCCGUGCUAAUGGUAUGCAGUAAACUGUUGUCGGCCUCUAGCCAUCAUCUCCGGGGACACCCAGGGCACCACCAGGUCAAGCAAGGGACAUGUGAAGUGGUGGCCGUGCACCGUUGCUGCAAUAAGAACAGGAUUGAGGAGCGAUCCCAGACUGUCAAGUGUUCCUGCUUCCCAGGGCAGGUUGCUGGUACAACGAAGGCUCAGCCUUCCUGUGUUGAAGCCUCCAUCGUCCUACAGAAAUGGUGGUGUCAUAUGAACCCAUGCCUGGAUGGAGAGGAUUGUAAGGUGCUUCCGGAUUAUUCUGGCUGGUCUUGCAGCAGUGGUAACAAAGUCAAAACCACCAAGGUCACCCGGUAG